UCAUGUGAGAGAACAUCCAUUUUUUGACACUAGCUGACAGGUUUUGGUCGAUAAUUCCCGUAUAUUUGUUCGUAUAUCCUUAAUAACGAACAAAAUGGGUUUCACAAUCUGCGGCCCUAAACUGUCCCUAUGUGGGCUUGUAUUGAGCGUGUGGGGGAUCAUCCAGUUGACUCUGAUGGGCGUUUUCUAUUAUAUCAGAGCAGUAGCCUUAUUGGAGGAUCUUCCCCUUGAAGAAGGAGCACAUGAUAGCAUUGAGCAUUUCAUUACAGAAGUGGAAACUGGAUAUGAUCAGAAUGCCUACAACUGCUGGAUUGCGGCUCUGCUCUAUGUUAUCACGCUGGUGAUCUCUGGACACCAAUUCUGGAUGAACAACCGUUCCUCAGUUAACAUGUAAAUACUAUAUUGGUGUGAAAGUGUUAUCGCUGAUGUUUCUAUCAAUGCUCGAAACCGGUUUUUUCUUCAUACAAAAAAUACCGGUAUUAUUACGUUCUUUUUCGUUCUUUCCAAUUAUUUUUGAUGGGUCAAUCUAAUAAUACGAACUCAUUACUUAAAUACAUGAUUCAGUCCUACGGAAAGAGCAUAAAGUUAUUAAAAAUAUUAGGCUAUUUUGGGAUUAAAAAAAAACCGGUUCCGAGCCCUGGUUUCUAUAUUUCACAUUGGUGACAGACAUUCAACUCCAAUAGUGAAUUCUAGAAACACAGACAUGUGUUGCAUAACUGCUCUUAGCAACUCCAUUCCAUUAAUAAUUUAUUGAAUGAGUAUUUGAAUCUUGUAAACAUAGUCAGAGGUGUAGAAAAAAACUCAUUUUGAAAUGUUUUACAAUUCAAAGACACCCGUGAUGUCAGAGCAUUAUACUUACCACCAAAUUGUAAUAUCAUAAUUUCUAAUCAAUAUAAAUGAUAGGUACCCUUUAAGUGGAGAUGUUCUUUUGUUUCUUGGAAAUGUUCUAUUGUAUAGUCUCAAACAUUUAACAAUUAUAAUUCAUAAAAUAAUUUAUUUAAAAAGAAAAUCCACUCUUCGAAAUCAUUUAAACCAACAUGGCAAACUUGUGGAAGUUUAUUAUAAUAAGUAUUAUUACUCCUUAUUGCUGUUAAAUUGUACAUACCAAUAUACAUUGUACAUUAUGAAAGGCUUAGUUUUUCUUGAAUAAAGAUAUUAAUGUUAGA